GGAAAAUUCAACACGUGGUGCGGAAGUAGACGCGCCUUAAGGACAUCAGAGGUUGACGCGCGCUAUUUCACAGUUACGGCUGUCGACGCUACUUUCAAUAAAGUUUGAGGAUUAACCACAGUGUCAACAAUGGAGCGAGUCAGAACGGCGUUCAACAACAUGGUCCGUGGUGGCCGCUACAGCCGGUUCUCCCUGCAGCCGGAGCGAGACGGGGUUCAGCAUGUGGAGGUCAGGCUGUCGGAGGACACCCUGGACGACACCACAGAGGUCAACGGGCAGCCGGCCGCGGGCUACCCCUCCUACCAGCCCAGCCCGGCCACCAAGCGCCGGCAUCAGUACUUCUACAUGGCCCUCGGCACCCUGCUCAUCUUCCUCAUCGGCCUCCUGAUUGGUUUCGUGAGCCACAGUAAGCCUCAGCAGCAGCCAAUCAGCUGUACCACAGCAGGGGCAGUUCAGUCGUCUGUGGAAAAUCCGCCCGUGCCUGCAGAAGCUCCGAAACCGUCUAUGGAUUGGAGGGACAUCACAAGCCUGCUGUCUGAGAGGCUGAGUGCCCAGACGCUGACUAAGGCCCUGAGUGAUAUAGAUGUGGAGUCCCGGACUGCAGGAAGCAACGAGGACCAGCAGCUGGUGAACCGCAUCCUCCUGCAGUUCAAACAGCAGGAGAUGAAGCCAUGGAUGGGAAUCAACAACGUCCAGCUGCCGAUCCAAGACAGCAACCAGCCCAACACAGUUCGGUUUGGUAAGGAGGUGUUCCAGCCUAAAGGGUACCUGGCCUACAGCGCCAAGGGACGCGUCCAGGGUAAAGUGGUGUACGGUAACUACGCUGGCCCAAAAGACUUCAGCCUGCUGGAGGUUAAGGGCGUUGCGGUGGAGGGCAGUGUGAUGCUCAUCCGCGCCUCCCCACAGAUCAGCUUUGCCCAGCAGGUGGCUAAUGCUGCUAGCAAGGGAGCUGCUGCGGUUCUGGUGUACCCAGACCCCCAGGAGUACAAGUACACCAACGAUACAGAGCUCUUUGGACACGUCCACCUGGGGUCUGGAGACCCCAACACCCCUGGCUUCCCCUCCAUCAAGCACACCCGCUUCCUCCCCACCAGGUCCUCGGGCCUGCCCUCCAUCCCUGCCCAGACCCUCACUGCCAGCAUGGCCGCCGCCAUCCUACGGGACAUCGGCGGGCCUGAGGUGGAGGCCCACAGCAGCUUCACAGGACUCCUGAGAGGCGUCACCUACAGGCUGGGAGGCAGCGUCAACGCCACGGUGGAGAUCAACAACGUCCAGGUCGACCGAGAGCUCCACAACGUGUUUGGAGUCAUCAAGGGCUUCGUCGACCCCGAUCGCUACGUGAUCAUCGGAGCCCAGAGGGACUCGUGGGGACGCGGCUACGCCCGGUCCACCGUGGGCACGGCCGUCCUCAUGGAGCUGGCCCGAGCCGUCUACGAGAUGGUGGAGAAAGAUGAGUUCCGACCCCGGAGGUCCAUUGUGUUUGCCAGCUGGAGUGCAGGGGAGUACGGAAACGUUGGCGCCACCGAGUGGCUGGAGGGGUACCUUCCCUCCCUGGCCCACAAGGCCUUCACCUAUAUCAGCCUGGACGGGGUGGUCAUGGGCAAGGGCAGCUUCAUGGCCUCGGCCAGCCCCCUGCUGCGCGGCCUCAUCGAGAAGACCAUCAAGGAUGUGAGGAGUCCAACUGAGCCCGGGACCGUGUAUGAUACGUUGGAAGGGAAGGACUGGCUGAGACCCAUGGCUCUAGAUGACCCGGCCUAUCCCUUCCUCACCUCUUCUGGCAUCCCCUCCAUGUCCUUCCACAUCAUCACCAAGGGUGAAGAGGCGUACAGCUACUACGGCACCGGCCUGGAUAACAAGGACCACCUGGAUUACAGCACUGGCCAGAAGACCCCUGAGACCGCCCUCGCCGCGGCAACGCUGGCCGGACGGAUGGUCCUGCGGCUCGUCCACGACCACAGGCUGCCCCUGGACCUCAGUCGCAACGUGGAGGCCAUCGACGAGCCAGUGAGCAAACUGGUCCGCCACAUCGCCCAGCUCACCAAGGACGGCACGCUGAGCGACGUCAGUUACACCUGGAUCGCCAGCGCAGGCGGCUCCUACAGCAAAGCCACCGCCGACCUCAACACAGCCUUCCUCAACACAGACUUUAAUGACGCGGAGGCGUGCCGAAUCAUCAACGAGCGCAUCAUGGUGGCGGAGCAAUGCCUCCUGUCCCCCUACGUCACGCCUCAAGACACUCCCUUCCGCCACCUGCUGGCCGGGCGCGGGGCCCACACUCUGGCCUCCCUGUUGGAGACCAGCGACAUGGAGCACUUCAAGGUCCAGCUGGCCUUGGCCACCUGGACCCUGCAGAGCUGUGCUGACAGCAUGGCCGGGCAGAUCUGGGAGGUGGACAACGAGAUGUGAUCGGGAG